AUGAGCAAAAGUGCUAAUGAGGCAUAUGAGCUAUUAGAGGAGAUGGCGAUGAACAAUUACCAAUGGCCAUAUGAAAGGGGGCAGCCAAAGAAGGUGGCUGGAAUGAUGGAAGUGGAUGCCAUAACCAUGCUUACCGCUCAAGUAGCAGCCUUGACAAAGCAAUUGCAAAAGACCACACUCCCCUCUCAAGCUAUGCAAGUUCAAAACUCAUGUGAAGUGUGUGGUACAUCCCAUCAACCAAACCAAUGCCCUGCUACAGACAUGAAUAAUAUGCCCAUGGAAGAAGUUCAAGCCAUAGGAAAUUACCAAAGACAGCCUAACAAUCCAAAUUCCUUGACUUACAAUUCAGCUUGGAAGAACCAUCCCAAUUUUUCUUGGUCUAACAACCAAAACACCCUCCAACCUUAUCUUCAACCUCAGCCACCUUAUAUACCUACCCAAAAUAGGCCACCAUAUCCACAACAAUAUGCACACCAAAAUCCUCCACCGGGCUAUUAUCAACCACAAAAUAGACCACCUCCCCAAAUACCAAUGAAACCAGCUGAACCUCAACCUGAUGUGCUUAACCAGUUCAUGACUGAAACUAGGGCAUCCAUAAGAAGGCCAAAGAAGAGUCAGUCAGUUGAAGGAGAGAAGAAGUUGGAUGAUAAAAAGGUUACUGAAGACCUUAAGGAAGAAGAGGAGACCCCACCUGUAACUAUUGAGCAUCAUGUUAGAGUUCCAUAUCCACAAAGACUUCGCAAGCAUAAUUUGGAUAAGCAGUUUGCAAAGUUUUUAGAGGUGUUCAAGAAGCUACACAUAAAUAUACCAUUUGCGGAAGCAUUGGAACAAAUGCCUAGCUAUGUAAAGUUUAUGAAGGAGAUUCUCUCAAAUAAGAGAAAAAUGGGUGAUUAUGAAACAGUGGCAUUAACAGAAGAAUGCAGCGCAAUUUUGCAACGGAAGUUUCCUCAAAAGUUGAGAGAUCCUGGGAGUUUUACCAUUCCAUGCACUAUUGGAGAGUUCGAAUGUAAGCAUGCCCUAUGUGAUUUGGGGGCGAGUAUUAAUUUAAUGCCUUUGUCUGUAUUCCAAAGGCUUGGUUUGGGGGAAGCUAGGCCAACUACAGUAACAUUACAGCUGGCUGAUAGAUCUGUGAAGCAUCCUCGUGGUAUUAUAGAAGAUGUGUUGGGAGAGUUGAAGCUGAGAGUUCAAGGGGAGGAAGUAGUAUUUAAUGUGUUUAAGGCUAUGACUUAUCCUAAAAUAAGUGAUAGUUGUUUCUCUGUUGAUGUGGUCGAAGAAGUAGUGGAAAGAAAAACAUUAAGGGAGGAUCCUCUUGAGUUGAGUCUCACAGUUGAAGAUGUAGAUGGUGAGGGGAAUGAAGAGAAACAUAAGAAAUUUGAAGAGUUGGGUGCAGGACCAGACAGACCAUUACCAUCGAUUCAGAAGCCACCUGUUUUAGAGUUAAAGGUUUUACCAGACCACCUUCGUUAUGCUUAUCUUGGGGAGAAAGAGACUCUUCCAGUUAUAGUCUCAUCAUUUCUUUCGGAGGUAGAGGAGGAGAAAUUGUUGAGGGUGUUACGGGCUCAUAAAACUGCUAUAGGGUGGACUUUGGCUGAUAUAAGAGGAAUUAGUCCAUCGACAGUCAUGCAUAGAAUUCUGAUGGAAGAUGAGGCGAAACCGACUAUUGACGCUCAAAGAAGGCUUAAUCCAACAAUGAAAGAAGUGAUCGUAAUUGCACCGGAGGAUCAAGAAAAGACAACUUUUACGUGUCCUUAUGGGACUUUUGAUUUUCGGAGGAUGCCAUUCGGGUUAUGUAAUGUACCAGCCACGUUUCAACGGUGCAUGAUGGCAAUAUUCUCUGACAUGGUUGAAAAAGGCAUUGAAAUUUUAAUGGAUGAUUUUUCGGUAUAUGGGUCCUCUUUUGAUAGAUGUUUGACGAAUUUGGAGAUGGUGUUGAGAAGGUGUGAGGAGUCGCAUUUGGUGCUUAAUUGGGAAAAGUGCCACUUUAUGGUUAGUGAAGGCAUUGUAUUGGGGUUUUAUAGGAGAUUUAUUAAAGACUUCUCUAAGAUCUCAAAGCCGCUGUCUAACUUGUUGAUGAAUGGGGUUCCUUUUGAUCUUAAUGAUGAUUGUUUGGUUGCUUUCAAGACUCUCAAAGAGAAGCUCAUUUCAGCGCCGAUAGUAUGUACUCCUAAUUGGGACCUUCCAUUUGAGCUUAUGUGCGAUGCUAGUGAUUAUGCAGUUGGAGCGGUUCUUGGGCAGCGAGUGGAUAAGGUAUUUCGAACUAUAUACUAUGCUAGUCGAACUUUAAACGAUGCUCAACUGAAUUAUGCAACAACGGAAAAAGAACUUCUAGCCAUAGUUUAUGCCUUCGAUAAGUUCCGUCCAUAUUUGAUUGGAAAUAAGGUGGUAGUCUAUACGGAUCAUUCGGCAAUAAAGUAUCUUAUGACUAAGAAAGAUUCCAAGCCUCGUCUUAUUCGGUGGAUUUUGCUAUUACAAGAGUUUGAUGUGGAAAUUAAGGAUAAGAAGGGUACUGAGAACUUGGUGGCUGAUCAUCUGUCUCGUUUAGAGGUUGGGGUAAAUUCUCUUAAUAAAGAAGUUCAGAUUAAUGAUGCUUUUCCGGAUGAGCAAUUGUUCGAAGUGAAUGUUGGUAAUGAGGUUCCAUGGUUUGCGGACUAUGUAAAUUAUUUGGCUGCAAAGGUUAUACCCCCUGAAAUAACAAGGCAACAAUUAAAGAAAUUUUAUUCGGAGCUAUUUGACGUAUGGGGGAUCGACUUUAUGGGACCCUUCCCAUCAUCGUAUAAUAACAAGUAUAUUUUGCUUGCGGUGGAUUAUGUUUCUAAAUUGGUAGAAGCUGCAGCAACUCCUACUUGUGAUGGGAAGGAAGUUAUUAAAUUCCUUCAUAAAAAUAUCUUCACUCGAUUUGGUACUCCAAGGGCUAUUAUUAGUGAUCAGGGAAGUCAUUUUUGCAAUAAGUGGUUCACCGCUCUUUGUGCUCGUUAUGGUGUUCAUCAUCGCAAGGCAUUAUUUUAUCACCCAAUUGCAAAUGGCCAAGCUGAAGUAUCGAAUAGAGAAAUAAAAGGUAUCUUGGAAAAGACAGUAAAUACUUCGAGGAAGAAUUGGUCGAAGAAGCUCGAUGAUUCACUUUGGGCUUAUCGCAUGGCAUUUAAAACUCCGAUUGGUAUGUCACCAUAUCGAUUGGUGUUUGGUAAGGCUUGCCAUCUACCGGUGGAAUUGGAGCAUAGAGCCUUUUGGGCUGUGAAAAAGCUGAAUGUUGAUCUCUUCAUGGGGGGGCAGAAUAGGCUUAUGGAGUUAAAUGAACUUGAGGAAUUCCGAAAUGAAGCUUAUGAGAAUGCGAAGAUAUAUAAGGAGAAAUCGAAGGCUUUUCAUGAUAAGAGAAUAUUGAGGAAGGAUUUUCAACCAGGGGAUAAAGUUUUGCUCUUUAAUUCUAGGCUUAAACUUUUUCUUGGAAAAUUGAAGUCAAGAUGGUCUGGACCGUAUACGGUAGUCUUUUCACUUCCUUAUGGAGCAGUACAAGUUCAUAGUGAAAAGACGGGAGAUUUUAAGGUGAACGGACAGAGAUUGAAGCAUUACUUGGAGGGACCGGUGGAGACAUGUAGGACCGUGGUCGAGUUGGAAUUGAUUUGA